AUGGCGCAGAGAUCGUUGACUCUGACUGAAGAGCUGGAGAGAUUGGAACAGCAAAUCACCUUGACAUUGCAGGAGAUCGACAGCAAUUUCAGCAAGGCGCAUCGCAUUGUCACCGCGAGCAUUCUACCCAUUGUCGAAGAGCACGCCAAACACAGCAAUGCCGUCUGGGAGGGAUCUAAGUUCUGGAAACAAUUCUUCGAGGCUUCAGCCAAUGUCUCUUUGUCUGGCUACGAAGAGCCGGCCGAAGACGAUGUCACUCAGACGGAAACGAACGAAUCCCUACAGACGCCUACUCAAUCCGAGUCCGGGAUCGAUGCGUCGCAUAGCAUAGACGACGAUGAUAUCGAGAUCGACACAGAGCUACGGGACGAUGAUGAUGAGGAGUACACGAUCGAAUCUCCUUCACAAGUUACUGGAGUACAUACAACACCUCGCCUACCGCCGUCCAGCACGAAUAAAGCGAGAUCCUCCGCCACGCGUACUGCUAUGCGCGGGAAUAUACACUCGCCUUCACCACGAAAAUAUACUGGUCAAAAUUCUCGCGCGGGAAAGACAAAAACGACACAACCACGCACACCUCGGGGAAAUGCUCCGACAUCUACUUUACUGCAGUCGUCGCCAUUCGAACCCGAAUCAGCUCAUCAGCCCUCGGCAUUCAAGCAAGGCCAACCAGUCUCAACGCGUACGCAAAAUACCGAUCCACUGAUGCAUCGUGUGCUGGACAAGAAUUAUCGCGUGCAAGCUACACCACACACCGAACGACGUCGCCGUGCUGAGAAUAGCGCCAAGAAUACAACUGCCACUCGCGCAACCCCUACUGCCUCAUCAGCAGCAAGGAAGCCAUGGGAUGACUCACCGGGUUCCUCUCCGAUAAUUGCAGCACCUCAGCUCCGCAGUGAACUCUUCUCGCCGGCAAAGCGCACCCCUGGUCGCUCCGUGCUCACGCCUGGCGCCGGAAGAUCGCAUCAACGCGGACUCGUCGCACCGACCACGUCGACUGGCCGAAGGCUUUUCUCGCCCCAGGACAAGACAUACGCCGCGACCAAAGCCAGCGCGAUUCGGCGUGGCAGCAUUUUCUCUAGCGCGGAUGCCGGAGCAGCCGGCUAUGGCGACAACGACGAAGAUGACGCUUCGUUUGACGACCUCACAGCCGAGGGCGACCUGACAGCUCGAGAAGGUGGCUCUGUGCAUGCGACACCUCGUAACCGUACAGGCGCAUUUCAGCACGACGAUGACGACAUCGAUUUCGAAGACGAGCGUUAUCUCGGCGAUGAUACAACCACGUCUCAAUUCGACAUGAGUCCGCCCAAAACCAUGCAAUUCCACGUCCCGCAGUCCCGGCUUCUGCAGACGCCCGCGCGGGAAGCGAGUCGACGAAUUGUUGAUGAUUUGUUGAUGACGGCGGGUGCCGAUGCCACGGACGAAAUCGAAGGUGGGAGCAGUGUUCUCGGCGCUGAUGAGGGUCGUGAAUUGACGGGACGAUACGGAAGGCUGGUGCUGGAUGACUACGACGAUGACAAUGAUUUUCUGACCGAGGAGGAGGCGAGUCCGAGUUUGGUGAAACGAGCGCAAGGCAUGGACGAUACGUUUUGA